AUGUUGACUCGAAAAGCCUUCAAGUUAUGGCAACUUGACCGCUUGACAGCCAACAUUCAACAGCUGCAGAUCCUGGAGAUGAACAAGGCCUUCGAAAAGAUAUCAAUGGCAGCUUUGGUUUUGCCGGCAUCGAAUGCUGGAAGCUCGUUACCAUCCUUCCACGAUUGUCAACCUAGCGGACCUCACAAAUAUCAUUCAAAUACUCUCUUCAGCCUACCGUCCUCUAUAUACAGCGGACUUGACGCAAGCAUAUCACUAAUUACCAAAACACACACAUACGCGAUUGCAGAGUCCGUCCUGGCUGAGGCAAGAGUGUGCGAACUGUUACUGCAACAACCACAUCCUAAUAUUGUUAUCUACCAUGCCUGCCAGGUGUCAGGCGACAUAAUUACAGGACUUUGCUUCGCGAAGUACUCGCAAACGGUGAUAAAAGAGAUUAAUCCUGGUGCAUUGACGAAGAGACAGGCGAGAAGCACAUGCAACCCAAGGAAAGACUACAGUGUUGUUAUAACGGAGUGGGUUUAUAAUGAUAUUAAUCCUAGUACUAUCAUGUUUGAUGGUGAUGAGCUAGUGGCUGUUGAUUUUGGUUGUUGUCGGCCUAUUGGGGAGAGUACAGAGGGGUUUGGCGGAACUUAUGAAUAG